AUGAGGAUAGUCACCCCCCCCAGUGCUGAACACAUCUCUUCAAACUGCCCUGCAGACGAGGAUAGUGUGACAGAGAGCAGGACACCCCCCCAUACAAGCCAGCAGAACAGCCCACCUCAGGCCCAGACCACAACCUCUACGGGACAGACAGCACAGGACCCACCAACCCAACAGACCCCUCCCCCUCCUACCAGCCCUCCUGUCAGCUCCUCCAAUAGCCCUCCUGACAACCCCCCCACAUCCACUGAGGACACACAAAAGCCAGAGAUUGUGCUCCUCAUUGACUCAAAUGGCAAAUACGUUCAAGAGGGUACACUUUUUCCCAAACACAAACUGGCUAAACUCUGGUGCCCAAACACUAGGCAUGCCCUGGAGCUGUUGUCAGAGGACAGACUAGGGUCCCCCAGCCGCAUCAUCAUUCACACGGGCACAAAUGACCUGAGGGCCCAGCAGGAAAGAGUGACAACAGCACUCAAGGCAGUGAUUGAAAAAGCUUCUUCCACUUUCCCCAACGCACAAGUGGUUAUCUCCACCCUGCUACCACAAAACUACUUUCACCCUGCCACCAUACAGCAGGUGAAUCCAGGCAUUUUGCGAGACUGUGCCUCAAAACCUAAUAUAUAUAUAUAUCUGGCCCACCACUCCACUCUGGACUUGAACAGCCUUUACGACCAGGUCCACCUCUACAAGGCAGCAAUCCCAACUUUUGCCAGGACCCUGAAGGACGUCACUCUCAACCAUAGACCCAGCACCUCACACAGGAGCAACAGAGCAACGGACCCCCCGCCCAGACCAGCGCGACACCCUCCCGAAGGACCUUUCCUGAGAGAACCCAUGCCAAGAGGACCUACACCCAGACCACAGCAUCACCAGCCACACCCCAACCAGCUAAGACCACCCCAAACAAACCGUGGCCAAACUCUUAUAGGCCCCCCCCACAUCAGACCUAUGCCUCUUCUGCCCACCCCUUGCCCCCCACCCCUGUGGAAAGGACCUCAUCAUGACAGCAGGACAUAUGCCCACGCUGUGACCAGAGUAACAGGCCCAACCCCCAUGAUUACACCUGCCCAAGCCCCAUCCUGUGACCUAAGAGGAGUAAGCACACAGGCUACCUGCACUACACCAUAGGCCAGUUGAGGCAGAUGGAGAAACAGUUCUACGACACAGACAUCCAUGUGGGGGUGCUGUCUGAACAGGGGACUACUCACACGUCACCAUGAGGAGGAUGAGGAGGAGCUGGAGACUCUGCCUAUCACCAGCUUCAUCGAAGUCUUCCCCUUCAACAUUGCCUUAAGACAGUGAUAGCAGCCGCUGUCUGAAACUGAAGGGUCAGAUGAGAUACAUGACUGAGUCGGAGUCCAUCAUCUUCCUGGGAACCCCUGUGUAAGAGACACACACAUACCGGGUGGCGGG